AUGGUCAAGCAAGUUGCUGGUUCCAAGGUUCUUCUCCUCGGCUCGGGCUUCGUCGCCAAGCCCACCGUUGAUGUUCUGAGCAAGGCCGGUGUUCAGGUCACUGUCGCCUGCCGUACCUUGAAGAGCGCCGAGGCUCUCUGCUCUGGAAUUGAGAACACCAAGGCAAUUGCUCUUGAUGUUUCCGAUGAUGCCGCUCUCGACAAGGCCAUGUCCGAGGCCGACGUUGGUAUCUCUCUCAUCCCAUACACCUUCCACGCAACUGUCAUCAAGUCUGCCAUCCGUACCAAGACAAAUGUCGUGACUACCAGCUAUGUCUCACCCGCCAUGAUGGAGUUGGAUGAGGAGUGCAAGAAGGCUGGCAUUACUGUCAUGAACGAGAUCGGUCUCGACCCCGGUAUCGACCACCUGUACGCCGUUAAGAUGAUUAACGAUGUUCACGCUGCUGGCGGCAAGGUCACCGGUUUCAUCUCUUACUGCGGUGGUCUCCCUGCCCCCGAGUGCUCCAACAACCCUCUGGGCUAUAAGUUCUCCUGGUCUAGCCGUGGUGUGCUGCUUGCCCUCCGCAACGCCGCCAAGAUCUAUGAUGCCGGCAAGAUUGUUGAUAUCGCUGGCCCCGAUCUUAUGAGCACUGCCAAGCCCAUCUUCAUCUACCCUGGUUUCGCUUUCGUUGGCUACCCUAACCGUGACUCCACUCCCUUCCGUGAGCGCUAUGGUAUUCCCGAGGCCCAGACUGUCCUCCGAGGCACCCUGCGUUUCCAGGGUUUCCCCGAGAUGAUCAAGGUUUUGGUCGACAUUGGCUUCCUGAAGGAUGAGCCCAACCCCGUCUUCGACAGCGCCAUUUCCUGGAAGGAGGCCACCCGCCAGGUUCUGGGUGCGACGUCCUCGUCCGACAAGGACCUUGCCUGGGCCGUGCAGAGCAAGACCAACUUCCCCAAUAACGACGAGCGCGACCGUCUGCUCGCCGGUCUGCGCUGGAUCGGUCUCUUCUCUGAUGAGCAGAUCAUCCCCCGUGGCAACCCCCUUGACACCCUGUGCGCCACCCUCGAGCAGAAGAUGCAGUACGGCGCUGGAGAGCGCGACAUGGUCAUGCUCCAGCACAAGUUCGAGAUCGAGAACAAGGACGGCUCCAAGGAGACCCGCACCUCCACCCUGUGCGAGUACGGCAACCCUACCGGCUACAGCGCCAUGGCCAAGCUGGUCGGUGUGCCGUGCGGUGUUGCUGUCAAGCAGGUCCUCGACGGCACCAUCACCCAGACUGGUGUCCUGGCUCCUAUGACCAUUGAUAUCUGUGCUCCUCUCAUCAAGACCCUGAAGGAGGAGUAUGGUAUUGAGAUGGAGGAGCGCACUCUGUAA